AUGCAGACGCGCAACGCGGGCGGUCACCGCUUGACCGGAGUGCACCGCUCGUUGCCCGCCCCCGCGCCGCUCCUGCACCGCUGUAUUCGAGGGCCGGUCCAUUUGAUUAUACGCGUAAGAUCCUGCCGCUCCCGCGCAGCCGCCGCCGCCGCCCCGCUGCCCGCGAGAUUCGAGGCAGAGGCCGCAAUGCCCAAAUUGUUUAACGAAUUGAAAGCAAAGUUAAAAAGAAUCUUAUCUGAUAUUGAUAACUUGUCACUGACCACAGAUGUAUGGACAAAUCACGUUAUGGACACAGACAAUGAGCAUAAAAUAGAUCACACAGAAGAAAUUUAUUUCAAAGAUGAUAAGGAUUCAAACACACUAACUGCUGCACAACGAGCACGGGCAGAACGAAAUAGACAAAAAGCACGUGCAUUAAGAGAGGCCCGAUUAGUCCAACGUCCAAAUAUGUAUGAGGGAUGUCAAAGAGUGGAAAAGAAUGUAAGUCGAGCCCUGGACUCUGGCGGCGGAUUCCUGCUCGAGGAAGAGCCUGCGCCCGACGCAACGCCAUGUGUGCGUCCCGCGCCCGUCGUGCACCGCUUGGAGCAACCGCAUUGUCUCGUCUGUGAACUACCCUUUCCACAAUCAUACCUAUUCGACACUUUUGAUUAUAGUGUCUGUGAUGCCUGCAGGGACGACGAGGACGCCCACAGUCUCAUCACUCGCACAGAGGCGAAGAGCGAGUAUCUCCUGAAGGACUGCGACCUCGACUCUCGACCUCCUGCCCUGCGCUGCGUGCGGCGCCGCAACCCGCACCGCUCGCGCUUCGCUGAGAUGCGCCUGUACCUGCGCGCGCAAGUGGAGGCGCGCGCCCUGCUAGUGUGGGGCUCGCCCGAAGAGCUGCAGCGCGAGCUCGAAGAGAGACGCGCGCGCCGCGACAAGGCCGCCGACACGGCCGCGCGCAAGCGCCUGCGCGCCCUUCGCAUGGACGUGCGCUCCAGCCUGUACGACCGCACGCGUGCGCACCAUGAGCAUGCCUUCGGGCCCGAGACCUACGACGCUGCUGCGGACAUAUAUAGCCGUUCCUGCGACUGCGGCCACGUCGAGACUUACGAGAAGAUGUGACUCCGUAAUGAUCAAAGCCGGUUAAUUAAAUAACGUGUAUAUUUUGAAUAUAAUACCGUACACAUAUGCAGAUGAAGAGCGCUGGACGAUGCGGUCGAGAUGCCGUUGCGGCUCGAUCGUAUCGUCUGCGGACGCCUCGACCUUAACACGGUGUUAAUACAUACAAUAAACUCGACGGUAAAACCAAAUGCAAAUUGUAAAAUAGUACAGUAGUUUUGGUAUUCUUAAACAUAAAAAAAGCUGAUACUAAAUCAAAAUAAAAAAAAUUGUGGAUCACCACCAUGACACCAACAAUAUUAUUCCAAAGAAUAAUGUGUAUGGAAUGAUUUCUCAAUUUAAUACAUUUAAAUGAAAGAUUGUUUGCAUUUAUCGUUUACAGUUGUAGAUAUGCCAGUUAUGAACCAAUAGAUAAAUAUAUCGAGUUAUAACAGUUACACUUUCUUAUUCUUCUUUCACUAACUGUCGGUGUCAUGAUGAAAACUAAUUUAUUUCACAUUUAAAUCGCCUUCAGGUCUUCUGGUAGCUCGUUUUUAGGAUGCUUGUUUUCAAAAUGUUGUUUGUAUGUUUUGGGAUCUGGCAUUUGAGCCUGAAAUAAAUAAUGGUACAUUAA